AUGUCGCAAACCUUCAUCGAUACCACCAGUGCCGCGGUCCCCUUUCCGUUUUCGGAUUGGGAAUGCCCUCAACCUCCCAAGCCGCCCUCUCCACCACCCACUCCACCACCGCCGCCGCCCUAUUCAUCGCCGCCCUCUCCCCCGGCUCCUUCUCCCGCGACUCCUCCUCCCUUGCCGAUCGUGAAUCAAUCCCUUGUCGGAGUGCCUUCUGGGCCUUUUUCGCUUCGCCUCUCCGCCAACGAGAACGAUGCCGAGGACAGGCUGGAGCUCCUCUGUGAGUUCGCUAGGGAGGAGAACUUGGGUACCGUUGUGUCCCAUCUCCGCCGCAACUCGGAACUGAAUUGGAGCAUCCUCUUUUCGGAGUUGAAGGGGGACCAAAACUGUCUCGUCCCUGGGAUGAAGUGUGGCGGCAUCUGGAGCCACACCGACAAGGUUGCCGCGAGGAAGCACUACAGCAAUCGAGCGCAUCUUGAUUGGGACCGCAAGAUGGCCCCGAGAGGCCGCUCGUCUCCCCCCUGA